AGGUCGGUGAGGCUACAAAGAACCAGAGAGGGCGAUUCACGAGAGACUCUUUGGAACCUUGCCCCGCGCCACUGUCCCCAUUUCUACCCAUCUUCCGCCGCCGCCUUCCACUGUCGUCGGAUCUAUAGGUUGUUUUUCACCUGAUUGUCGAAUCCUUGAUCUCUUCCGCUUUGGUACGCUUCUGAAAAGGGUAGAUCCUUUUUCAAUUCUUAAUUUGAUUCUUUAUCUAGGGAUUUGAAUUCAACUAGACAUGAAUUCUAAUCUUGGGAAGAAUUUCGAUUUCGAUUUGGGACUUGGAACCUCUCGCUCCAAAUCACUCAACGAUCAGAAAAACAAAACCCCAUCAUAUUCUUCAUACGCUUCCUCUAGUUCUUCGUAUUCCUCGACACAGACGAGGCCGGCCUGGCAGCCUAACAAGCCCUCAUGGACGCAUCAGCCGGCACAGCCUAACUUGGCCAAUCCGCCCUUUUCCAUGGUCGGUGAUAUAUUUGGGAAGAGCUGGUGUUCGACGGCGAAUUCUGGUUCCACUGCGGGCAUUGGAAUUGUUGAAAAGAAUCCGAAUCUGUUUGGCGAUUUGGUAAGUUCUUCCCUGGGAUCGGGUAAGAGCAAUGUGAAUGCUCCAUUGAAGAAUGCUGCUCCGGCUUCGGUGUCAUCGGGUGCCGCAUCGAAUAUAAAUUCGUUUUCGAUGCCAAAUAUGGCCGAUUCGUUGCCUAAAGCUAGUAGUAAUCCGGGUAAAAAUAGUGGAAAUUGGAGCUUUGAUAAUCUUAGCAGUAGGAAUAGUAAUCAGAGUAAUACCACUAAUAUCAAGGCUCCGAAUCUUGGAGGUCCAAGCAUGAGUUCAACCAUCGGCAGUGGUAAGACGAGCUCUAGCAAGGAUCCCUUUGGUUCUUUAGUUGACUUCGGAUCUAAAUCAUCCGGGAAUCUGAAUUCAACAAGUAAGAGUCAAAAGAUCAAUUCAAGCGAAGACUUAUUUGGGGAUUUCCAGAAUGCUUCAUAUCCAAGCACUACAGCAUUUCCCUCGAGCGGACCGAGUGGGAGAGGUGUCGGUUUCAAGGGAUCAAGUUUUCAUUCUGACAUAAACAUGGAUGGUUUUGGAAUGCCCUCAAUGGAUUUUGGUUCCAGGGUUCAAGAUACUGUUCAAACCUCUGUCAAUGAUCCACUUGAUAUGCUGUUUAACUCAUCCAAAGCCUCAGCUGGAGGUGCCCCAAUGGCACCUGAAGCAGUUGGAGCGCCGCAGUCCUUGGAUGCCGAUGAUUGGGGAUUAGAUUCAGAGUUCGGGGUAGGUGGUCAUGACAUGGGUGGUUCAACUACUGAGAUUGAAGGACUUCCACCUCCUCCCGCAGGGGUGACAGCUUCUUUGGCAAAGAACAAGGGAGUCAAUGUCUACAAGCAGGGACAAUACGCCGAUGCUAUUAAGUGGCUUUCUUGGGCUGUGGUUCUUUUUGAGAAAGCUGGUGAUAACACUGCCAUAGUUGAAGUUUUAUCGACACGAGCUUCAUGCUACAAAGAAGUUGGGGAAUAUAAGAAGGCUGUGGUUGAUUGUACGAAGGUAUUGGAUCAAGAUGAUGCAAAUGUAUCUGUUCUUGUUCAACGUGCGCUUUUGUAUGAAAGUAUGGAGAAGUACAAACUAGGAUCCGAAGACCUGAGGGCUGUCUUGAAGAUUGAUCCGGGUAACAGAGUUGCAAGAAGCACGAUUCACCGGUUGACAAAGUUGGCAAACUAAAGGUUCGUAUCACAACUUUUGUUCAUGUAGUUUCUUGAAUAUAGAAUUAGACGGGUUCCCUUCAUGCUAUCUGAAUAUGCUGGUGGAAUGACUCAAUGUUUCCAUUACAUGGUUUGGUUUUGUAUGUGUGACCCUUCUGAUGUUUUCAACAUGCAUUACUUGUAUUGUUUAUGAUAACAAAGAAAAAACUGUGCUGUGAUACAUUGAUCU